AUGAGUGGUAAUCUAAUGUUCGAACUUUCUGCAGGAUACGCUAGCAGUCAAUACGCCGGUACCGGUUACAACGGGGGCUUCACGUCGAACUAUGCCGGUCCGAAUGGAGUGGGUGCCGCUGCCGGAACCGGAGCGUUCGUACCCGGAUUCGCCCCGUUCCAACCGGUGCCAGCAUUCCCGAAUGUCUUCGACUACAACAGCUUCUACCAGGGACUGCAGGCCAACUUUGCCAACUCAGCAGCAACGCAGGCAUUUGCGACGGCGGGAGCAACGGCUGCUGCAUCUGCCUCGCUCUACGGGCAGUACAGUCAGAAUCCGGUCUAUCCUCAUCAGGGUGUUCAGUAUCAACAGCCACAGCAGUAUCAGCAGAUGCCGCAGCGCAGCCAAGCGGGAUCAGACUAUUCUUAUAUUAACAACAACAACAACAACGACCACUAUGCCAACAACGGUUACAAUAACUACUACAAUCCUCAUAACAUGUAUCAGCAACAAUUAGCGCACCAGAAUGCUCUGUUCAAUUCCAUUCGUCAGCAGCAGGCGGCAUUUGCCGGAGCUGGAGCUGGAGCCGGAGCCGGGUACGGUGCCGGUGUAGGAGCUGGUGGCGGUAGCUUUGGUGGUGCACCUGGAUUUGCUGGAUCAUCGGCUUCCUAUGGUCCGGGAGGGUUCCACCAGACGGCGCACAUCUAUCCGGAAAAUCCGCAAGCGCCAAACAUUAAUACCCGUUUCGGUGGCAGCUCGCAGCCGGGUGGACCAGGAUAUGUCGGUGUAUCGAGCUUCUCGUCAUCCUCCAACAUCAACGGCCAAUCACACCGCGAGGCGGCAACAUCGGUUAACGACAAUGGUAAGGUCACCUCCUACCAUGUCCGUUCGUAAAAAGGAACAAGGCAACACGUAAAGAAGAUAAUAAAACUAUGAUUUAGAAUUUGUCAUACACGUGCCUUGACAAGAAAACGAUAAGUGAUGAAAGAAUAUUACAGGCAUUUGCUGCUAGAGCAUUUGCUAUUCAUUCAUGAGAGGUGAAACUCAAUAAACUUUACGAAGACAUUCCAGUGUACUUACAACUAGCAAGUAGACAAGUUUAAGUACGAACUCUAUUUAAAUAAGACUUUUUGACCAGAAA